AUGGCUGUGGACUGGCUUGGUUUUGGAUACGCUGCACUCUUGGCCUUUGGUGGCUUUAUGGGGUUUUCUCGGAAAGGUAGUAUUGUAUCUUUGGCAGCUGGUCUCAUGUUUGGUUUGCUUGCUGCCUAUGGCGCAAUGCGUGUUUCAUUCAAUCCAAGGGAUAUCAAGAUAUCACUGAUUGCUGCCGGUUCUCUAAGUGUAAUAAUGGGUCUGAGGUACAAUCGAUCAAGGAAAAUCAUGCCUGCUGGAGUUGUAGCUGGAAUUAGCAUUUUCAUGGUGUUCAAGCUGUUGUUGAAUCUGACCUAA